AUGAGAUGGAGCCUUGUACUUGCACACCGGGGGAGGUUGAGUGGGAAGGGAGUGGAGGAGGCGAGAGAUGAAUGUGGAUGGAUGGAUGCACUUGAUGGGCUGAAAGUGAAACAGGCACCUGUGGAGAUGCCAUCGAUUUGCCCCGGAAAUCUGCCACCCGCUGCGAUCCUACCCCCUCGGCCUCCCCGUGAUUCCCCUUUCCUCUCGGCGUGCCCUGGGGAUAUUGUUAAGCGAGACAUAGACAUGGCGUAUGUGACUGUGUGUGACAAUAAUCACGACGACGAUGCAGGAUUCCAACCGGGAAGCGCUCUCCGACUCGGGGUCCGUGAGACAAGAAUGAGCCUUCCAAGGUUGCCCCGCGGUAACUCAACCCCUUGGGGAUGUCGGAGCAAAUUGGAGCAUCUCAUAGGCGCCUGCUCACUGUCUUCCCGCGAACUGUUCGACCUCCGACCCGCGAUCAGUGGGUAUUACCCUCCCUCCGCCGGGAGAGCAUGCAGGGGUUGGAGCCCAACGGCGCUGUGCUGCAACCGUCGCUUGUUGCUCUUCCCAGACAACAGCUCGGUUGAAGGCAUGACAACCCCGGCAAUAUCUCUGCCGGAUAUCACAUCCUGGAGGAAUGAGGAGUAA